AUGCAACUCAGCCAACUACGAACACAAAUCGAUGAACUUCUACAGAACCCAGACCUGCGCACGCAAAUUAAGCGUGCGCUUGAAUGCGACGCUGCCUCUGCGCUGGCAGGCACUCAGCAGUCCUCGCAACACCCUCAUCAACAGGAUAUUCUGCUAUCCAAGUUGAGGAGCGCCGGCGUAGUUGACCGCCUUCUCACUGCCCUUGCGAAGCCCUCGCCCAAACAUGCGUUCCUCCCCGAAGGCGCAACUUCACACUUACCAGAAUGCAAAAACUAUGAUCGUGCGACACUGUCUAUUGAACUACUCACAGCCAAGGCUCUGCUGAGUAAUCUUUCCGGCCAGGGAUGUCCAAACGACGACUCUCUGUCUGAAAGUGCUCUAGUCUUUUACUUGGCCUUCGGCAGACAUCGUUUCCAAAGUCAACGAUUCCCCUGUCAUGUGGACCUCGACUUGAAUCAAGUGUUUCUUGUGGACUUGGAGAGUUCUGUUUCCUACAAAGUGCCAGUAAGUCCAGACGUCUUUUCGUUGCUACUGACGCUUCUUUAUAAAUUAUACUUUGAAAACGUGUUUGUUUUGAGAGUAAUAUUCGGAUCUGGGGCAUUCAAAAGACGAUGCGUUCUGCAUCUCAUAAAUGCAAUUGAAAUAUAGGCUAUUUCGCUAAAACGUUUGAUCAUUGAAUUUCAUUUCUUUUUUAGAUUGUUACGUAGCAUAGGCGUCUUACUUUUUAUAGCCUCACAGAGAGAGAAUAGAGAGGUCAUACGUGAAUUUCGCGCCGUUUUAUCAGGCCAUUUAGCGUUGUCGAGACUUACUUGCUGACUUUCGGGAAAUAAUUUAAGUUUGAAUUUGGCAUACGCAACAGAGUUUAUUGGGAUCGACAAAUUUCCUAACGGCUUAUCAACUGCAGCCACAGAAAAAAAUCAAUGAAAAACAGUAAAGUCAUCGUCUACUGCACACCGACUGAUCAGUAAAAGUGGUAAUUUAAAAAAACAAUUUAGGAAAGAACAUGGGGACGUUGGCACGCGGAAGGGUGUGUAAAUCAAAGGACUGAGAUUUAACAGAACAAACUGAGGUUUACAUCGUGGUCCAAAAUGUUUGGAUUAGUUAGGUUUAUUCCGCUGUAUGUGGGCUGCCUCCAAGUAGCUCAAUGUCCGAGUUGUUUGUGUCUGACCUAAUACUCGGAAGGACACCUUAGAGUCAACACCUUACGGCCGAAAUGGGCGGAACCAGUUCCGACAAAGCCCGUUGUAAUAUCCUGACAAUUAAGGGUGACGACAUUCCCAAUACAAUUAAGCGGCGAUUGAGAUGCGUCGUUGAAAGAACAUACAACGCAGCCGACUUCGUAUUCAGCAGUCCUGCCAAAACCAUCCUAAUUCCACGCGCAAAGGUUGCAUUACCAUUAUAUGCCACCUCAAAUUGUGUUUACAAAUUCACAUGCAUUGGUGUAUGCAAGUACAUUGGACCAACGUAAAGGCGAUUGGCGGCUACGUAAGGUGAACCUCUGCCUGAAUGGCGUUUGCUACAGGAAAAUAAAAUUUCUCGUUCUUCUAUCAAGAAGUACCUCCUAGACAGCGAUCAUUCCCUUGACUCCAAAACAUCCUUCCGAGUGAUAGUUUUUGGCCCGAACAUCUGGGAUAUUGCGCUACCUUGAAUCAGCCUGCAUACGGCUGGAGAGACCCAACCUAUCCAAACAGUUGGACCACGCGGUCAGCCUCAGUUUGCUCUGGUAAAGCUCAGUCCAUUAAUUUACACAUCCCUUCUGUGUGUCAACUCUCCCAUCCUUUUUUAAGUUGAGUUUUACCACUUUUAUUGAUUAUUCUAUGUGUAGUAAACGAUGACCUUGCUGUUUUGGCUUGUCUUUUUCCGUGGAAAUUACAAUCUCUGUUAUGCAUAGACAGGUUGCAGUAGAUAAGCCGUCGCAAAAUUGGUCGGUUGCGAUAAAUUAUAUUGUGCAUUCCUGUUUCAAAUUCAUACUGCGAAAAUAUUGCUCCGAAGUUGUUUAAAUUUGUUUUUGAACCAAAUGACUUAUCCAUUUUAUUACCUGCAAGUUUGGAAAUCGCCAGAAGUUUGCCACUGUCAGGAGAGACGACUUUCGCCAGACGUGUUGGAUGCUUACACAGUGGUCAUAAUCAAUAUUUGUAAAUCCCUAGAUACUUGCAAAUGGCUCUAUCAUGUUUAGCAAGGGGAGUCGAUUCUGGACACGAUGUGUUCCUUUUGGUAACAUUGUGAAUUUAUUUUUGCCGAGGUAGAAACCGCUGACGGCGGAAGCGCUGCUGGCUGACAAGGCCACAAACGCACCCCUCCAAUUGACAUGCGUUAAGCUGCGCAAAGAUGGUCGCCGGCAUCUUAUCUCCUCAAAUCUCAUUGACUGGAAGAAGCAUGUCUAUUCUCCUGCGUCUGGCGAUGCCGAUGGGGAAAGUUCUACAUGGACUAGAAAGGUGCUCGUGGAAUUGUCCAGUGUCGGCUCAGAGACACAGGUAAGGUGCGACGUUUAGGAAACCUUUAUGGGUUAACUUUUCGGUAGUUUUUCUUUUAUGUAGAGCAACAUGGCAAGAGUAUGGUUAAUGGCCGAAGCUACCUACUCUGGGGGAAAGUUGUGCCAAAAGAAAAUAGUUGGCGAUAUUUAUUCGUAUAUGCCACAGAGAGAAAUAAAAAGACCUUGCGGUGUCUUUUGCGUGAGGGUAGUCUAUUAAAUGCUAGAAAUGAUACCCCUCUUCAUUGGUGUCAACAUUGAAGAAUCAAAAUUUUUGACAGCGCAAAUUUCUUAGAUGUUCAGUCCCUUUGCGUACCACAAAUACGCUCCGGGGUAAGUAACUCCAGCUAUAAACCAUACCUUGGUCAACAACAUCAUAUUGCCGAAUCAAUAAGUAUACCAGAACACGAGCAGGCGUUCACGGGAAAGGACAUGUUAGGCGUCUGAAAUAGGAAAUGGCGGUAUCGGCUGUUAGUCUUCUGCAAGUGGUAUAAAAACCACGCAGGGCACAUUAUAAGACAGGUAGACGUCAUUCGUUGUUCGCUAAUACCGACUGAGAGCUGGUGGAUUGGUGAGUUAACAUCUGGCUUGAUGGCGGCUAAUUCCGACUGCUAGGAGUCGUUUCCUUUCACGUUGUAUCUUUCCCAUUGGCGUUGGUUUGUAUCAUCUAGGUUUGCCGAUAGUUCCAGCUGUUGGGGGCUUUUCAUCGUCUUUGGGAGAUGACCACCGUUCGUCGGGACAUAGAAAGUACCAGUAGUUUGGGAGUCCAACAUGCCCAAAAGGCAGUGCGCAGCUCCUGCGGUUUCAGUUGAACUAGGUUACGUAAUGCUAUGCCGAACCUCAGUUGGGUAGUGACGUGCUGCCACAUAUGACGCAGGCAGGUCUAUCUGGCGACUAACCAAGUGGUAGAGUUAAAUGCCAUGCCUCCGUACCAUAAAUUUGCAUUCAAACAUCUAUUUUCGCAGCCUUCGGCCGUUCCCCCUAACUGGAUUCGGAAUAUGGCAUCCGAAUUCUCCCUGUUAGGUAUAACGUCACUUAUACGCAUAGUCUCUCUGCGAAGAUUUUAGGAAAAUAUAUAAGCGCCUUCUGCUCGCAGUGGUACGCAGAACCCGGUCACGGUACCGCAGCCUCAUUUCAUUUACGUUUUCCUUCACUAUAACAUGGUCCCGUUUGUUUCACUUAUUCUCCCUUCAGUCCAUCCGACCUUUGCUGAAGAAUGCCCGUAGGUGCCCGCUAAACAUAGAGUCCCCAGAGAUAAUCGUUCUUCUCACUCCUAGCGGCCAGCGUGCUCUAGACCUUUCCUAUCUACUUACAAAAGUCUGUGUCCUAGAGAUUGGCUUACGGUCCCAGGGUCCCUAUUUCAAUGCCUUGCCAUCUCAUUCCCAUCCAGUUUAUCUCGGACGUGCCGCUGGAGGACGUGUGAAAAAGGGACAAAGUGAGAUUUAUUCCGGUUAGGUUCGUCGCUUAGUCUUUUCACUAUAAACAACCCUGGCGCGCUGACCGUUCUUGAUUGGGAGUUUGCCAGCAGACAGUGUUUGUCGGUCCGGCUUAUGAUUUGGCGUCGGCCUGCAAUUUCCCGUUCUUAUUGCGACUUUCAUGACAGUUUCACUUAUGCACGAUCCACUACCCCCCAUUUGAAGUCUGAUACGAAUGAGUCAGAAGAUCAGGUUGCGUGUGGUACGCGCAGACAGAAUGCUUAGCCUUCGCACUCUCUGCGCCCGCGUCCAUCCGCGAUCCUCUUAACGGUUUCUUGACGUCGGAACUGGCGCGGCAAAGAAAGAAUUAAGUGAACUGCAAUCAACGGAAAUUAAUUGUACUACGAACGUAUUCACGUUAUUGUGCCCGCGUCUUGUCCAGUGAUGAAGGCCGUCGCUUGUGUCGUGUGAACUGUCGAUAAGUGAGGUGGCAUAAAACGUAGGCGUGUGUUGUAGGAGGACUAGUCGACUCAAGUGGGCCACAAAACCUCGUCAGGACCUAUUCGACGCAUAUCGCCACAUACCUGCCUUUCGGCAUGAGAACCUUACGGUUCUUUAUCAGUUUCUGAACUCUGUUGAUUCUUUGGAUCGUCUGCCUGGGAUCGGUGGUACGGCUAAUUCUGUGUGUUUUUUGGUCGUUCAGGAAGGCCUGGGUUUUGUUUAGUUCUCUGGUUUGUCGAAGAAAAUGGUGAGCUAACCUUUCUGCUCAGGUAUGAGGGCUAUUUCGGUAUCGGCUUCCAACUCCUCCAUGGCCUUUUGAGUCACCUUUCGAAGUAGCAUUGAAGGCAAGAUGACUUGGUGCUGAAGAUGGGUGCCGAUUUGGCGUAACACUUGUUCGAAAAAGGCAGUUAUGACGAGCAUACUGACGUUGGUCGUGUUAAAACGAGAUCUACGAUGAACCGCCAUCGUCUGGACGCCGGCAAGACCUCUUCGGGAGGAUUUUUAGGGCAAACUUUUCUGAGCUUCUACGGCGUCUGCGGUUCAAUUACUCCAAAAUUUAUGAGUAGUUUUGGGCGAGGUUUGGUUCUGCAGUCCCAAAUGGUUGAUACCGUAUGAUUGGCUUAAUACUGCAUUAUUAGUAAACAUACCUUACUUAGCCACUUGCUGGUUUAGGAAGAGGAAGAGAGCGCAAGCAGAGCUCGAAGCACGCAGAGGGAAGCGAGCGAAGGUGGCGUGUACACAUUCUUCCCCCGACACAGCAACUUGCUGGAUUAAGAGGAUAAGGAGGACGUAAUUACAACUGGAAGGCCGCGGGGGGGGAACCGAAUGGUAAUUCAACGUGCGCAGCCACUGUCGUAAAACCAACGGAGUUCCACACCAUUCGAAAAAUUUCAUUAGCAAGUCUACCUGGUCGCUUGCUGUAUUAGGAUAAUGAAUAGGGCGCAGGUAGGGCUCGAAGCACGCGCAGGGAAGUGCGUGGGAGCUAAAUCUGAGAUAUUCGAGGCUGGCCUUUAAGCACUCCUCCCUCGUGGCGCAGUCACACGCUGGAUUAAAAUGGUAAGGAAGAUGCAAAUACGUGGUAUCUGUUAAGUCGGCGUACUCACAUCCACUAAUUUUAUUUACAAAGCUGGCCAUGCUGUCUCACUCAGAUGGCGCUACAGGGUCGAACCUUGCUUAGUUUUAUUUACCUAUCCACCCGUUUUCAUCAUAUCACGGCUUUCAGAAUAUUUUAUAUUGUCGUGGAGAUCGUCUUGUGUUUAGGACGUUGUAAGUCUGUUUAGAUGAUCAAAGAUGUCAUUCCAUCCGUACACUCCUCCUCCUCCUCUUGUGCUAAUCUACCUUAACUUACACUUUCAUUACUGCCCAAAUGCAUGUUUAUAUUAAAUAAUUGAGCCACGAUAUCAAGUAUAAGCAUGGGGCCUCGAAUACUGUCUCCUAUGCAUGGAAGCAUCGAUCCUGGCCUUUGUAAAAUGAGCUGUAAGGGUUUCUAUUUGAUCGCCUCUUCAGGUGUUGCGGCACUUAGAAAAGAGGAGUGAAAUAGAUUUUCUCGGCCAUUUAUACAAAUCAUUAGAUCAAGAGGACGCCGAUUUGACCAGGAAAUUUCUUAUAUUGGCAUAAGCAAAAAGAUAGGCCUCAAGACACAUCAAGACAGUUAAAAAGUGUUUGUAAGUCCACUGAGCACUAGCCGGUCUCCCCAUCCCCUCGAUAGUGACCCUACAAUUUAAAGACGGUACACUGAGAGAACGACAGAAUAAACCUGGUUACCGUACCCUAUGCGCGUUAGUCUUAUGUAUGCGUGAUCUAUACUGCAUGAUUCGUAUCAGUGAUAGAAAACGGACCACACCGUAGUUUGGCUUUCUUAUGCGCCUCCUUGAAAGUAACCAUGGCUCCAACUGGCUGCCCCCAAGGUUUACGUUGUUAACACAUGUAUUUUUGCACAGCCCACAUUUUUGUCCACUUGGCAUGAGGAUUACCGCCGACUUUCCCCAACCCCUCGAUAAUUUAAGCAAUAUUUACUCAUUUACUUUAAGAACUUGCCGGAAUCUCGGGAUCCUGUAGUCGGGAAACCGAACAAAAUGCUUUCUAAUGUCUUGGUUAUUUUAUUCUUGGUAGUGUUUGUAGUGGCUAUGUCUACAUGUUUAUUUUUUCUGCAUACGUUGUAACUUCUUACGUAUAAUCUAUUUUGCCCUAUCGUGAAAAACUCGGUGACAUCGGUAGGAUUCGAACCCACGACAGCAAGGGCUUGAGUACAGCCAACGCUCUGAUCACUGGAGCUACGAGGUCCCACCGGCUAACCUGGUCCAUAUGUGCUUAAGCCCAUGACUCCCAGUGGGGCGUCGUAGCUCAGGUGGUUGGGUCGUUGUCUGUAUUAACGUCAAGCCCUUUUUUACUUUGGAUUCGAAUCCCUUCGAGGCCGCCGAGUUUUCACAGUUGAAGUAAAUGGAUCGUUUGGUUGUCUGCGGCCGAACAUACAGAGACGUUAGCUUUUCUACUAACCGUUUACGAGUAGUACGUUUUCCGUAAUCUAAUUCAUAUGUCUAAGACUGGUCAAAAAGCGAGAUCACUUUGAAAGGGAAACUGGGAGAGUUAAUAAUCUCGUCAAGAAGCCUCACAGACUUGAAUGAACUGAACUCGCGAUACACUUUCUUGUUAUUUAACACUUUUUAAUGCAUUCAGAUUAUAUCGGUCCUUUCGCGGAUAAUAUGGGCGUCUUCAAGAGGACACCUUUUGCUGUUAAACAUCUACCCUUCACCACUAUUUACCAGUUGACGGCCGGGAUCCUGGAGAUCCGUCUGGGUGUGCACUUGGUGUCUCCUGCCUCGGGCGUCAAUGCUCAGCAGAAAUCUGCCUCCAUUCUUCCGCCGGCUACUUUCAUCACCGCGCACUUCACACUUGAGGAAGGUGCUCGAGAGGAGAGGUCGCGCUCCUUCGCCCAGUACGGACGUAAAUGGUGGCAGGAAUACUGUCUCCUCCAGCGUGGCGCCUUCAAAGGCAGAAUGGUGAAAAUGUAUGCCCUUGAUGAGAACGGCAGAGCACAGUAAGUUGGCCAGAUGAGAGUGAACAUGAUUCAACUUAUAUUUAAUGAAUACUCAAACAUCCAUGGCAAUUCUUUUA